UAGCAAAUAUGUUUUUAUCAUUCAAAUUAUACAAUAUAAAAAAUAAAAUAUUGAAAUAUUUUAAUAUAAUAUGCAUAAUGUUUUUACUUAUAAUGGAGUAUGAAGUAUAUAAGGGGUGGAAAACCAUCUAAACCAUAUACAAGUUGACAAUCUAAAAUCAUCAUGAAGAUCGCAGUACUUGGAUUUGUUUACUUUGUUCUUAUUGUAAACGCUUUAAGUAGUCCAGUAGAAGAGGUGCAGGCUGAAGCACGAAGUAUGAAGUAUAUAAGGGCCGGAAAACCAUUCCAAAAACACACCAGUUUACAAACUGAUUUCAUCAUGAAGGUUGCAGUAAUUGGAUUUGUUUUGAUCGUUCUUGUUGUAAACUCUUUAAGUAGUCCAGUGGAGGAGGUGCAGGCUGAAGAACAUAGCCGAGUCAAAAGGUUCUCCUGUGACGUAUUGGGUUCUAUUCAGGCAGGACCUGUUAAACUAAACGAUGCUGCAUGUGCCGCUCGUUGCCUGUUGCAGCGCCACAAAGGAGGAUAUUGUGACGACAAGAGACAAUGCCAUUGCAGAUAAACCAAUCUAGACAUUAUUUGUUACACACAAUUUAUAAAUCAUAUAAAUCUAAUAAAAUCUAAAAUGUCAC